GUGCGUGCUAUCCUGACGGAAACUGCUUUCAGUAUCGAGGAGCUGGAGGAGCUCUAUUUACUUUUCAAGGCCAAACACUUGAUGAGCUGUUACUGGGGUGGGAGCAGCAGCGCAGCAGAGAGACAUGACCUCAACCAGCCUUACCUGGAACAGUAUCGCAUUGAUUCAGAGCAAUUCAAGGAGCUCUUUGUGGCGCUGUCACCAUGGACUUGUGGACCACAUUCUCAGGUGCUCGCUGGGCGCAUGUUCCGCCUCUUGGAUCAAAACAGAGACUCGCUUAUCAGCUUUAAGGAAUUCAUCACUGGGCUGAGUGGAAUGUACCAUGGCGAUCUUGUAGAGAAGUUGAAACUCUUGUACAGACUGCACCUGCCACCAUGUAAGAUCACGAUUGACGAACUUCCCCACGCAUUCUUCUUCUCUACUCACCAGUGA